GUUCCACAAUACAAAAAUCACACUAUUAGCAAGUGAAUGUUGAUGCGUACACACACUAUAUCUUGAAACUAGCAUUUUCGAUUCACAUAAAUUCUCGACGGGCAACAUCGUCCAUGUCCGCGUUCGCUCCGACAGCAUGCAGAGGUCGUGUGGCGUUAGUGACAGGUGGUGGAUCUGGUAUUGGCCAUGAGGUCGCCCGUCAACUUGGACUGCACGGCGCCAAAGUCGUCAUCAUGGGACGGCGACAAGCAGUCCUCGAACAGGCGGUGAACUCGCUGGUGGCUGACGGCAUCGAUGCCGCGUUCUUUGCAGGGGACGUCCGUCGACCAGAGGAUGCUCAGGCCGCUGUCGAAGUCGCCGUGAAAACCUUUGGCACGUUGAACGUGCUCGUGAAUGGCGCCGCGGGGAACUUCCUCAGCACCGCGGAAAACCUCUCGACGAAUGCAUUCCGCACCGUCUUGGAUAUCGACGCGGUUGGAACGUUCAACAUGAGUACUGCUGCCUUUCCCGUUCUCAAACACAACAGCGGGGUCAUCGUCAACAUCAGCGCGAACCUGCAUCAGCACGCGACAUGGUACCAAGCUCACGCCGCCGCCGCCAAGGCUGCCGUGGACAGUUUGACGCGAUCGUUGGCGCUGGAGUGGGGUCGUUUCAAAAUCCGCGUGGUUGGGGUCGCACCAGGACCUACUGCUGACACCCCUGGCAUUGCCAAACUGUCGGGCGGCAUGGAGGACUUGGCGUCCCAGGUGGUGCCGCUCGGACGCAUGGGAACGAAGACCGAAAUCGGGCAAGUUGUCGUCUUCGUCGUCUCGUCUGCGGGAGCGUACGUCACCGGCGACACCAUCUUGGCAGACGGCGGACACUACCUCCAUCAAGACCCCGUCGUGCCGCCAGACAUGGUCGCCGAGUGGUCUCGCAAACGGGAAAAAACGACGAGCAAACUGUGAUUGGAUAAAAUGCUAGCAUCAGACUUUGAUUGGAUAAGAUACCACAAAUCAAACAGUAUUUGAAUGGAUAAAAAGUGU